AUGCAAGCAGGCGAGGUACUUGCGUCGCGACGAGCAGCGUCAGCUCUGCCAGACGAAGACGCUCCAGGCACCAAGCGACAGAAGAUAUCUCCCUCAGCGCGGCCUCGCGCUUCGCUAGCUUGCCACAGCUGUCGUCAGCGCAAGAUUCGAUGUGAUAUUCAACGCCUUCCUACCGGGUCUACGUGUAGCGCAUGCCGCAUUUCCGACAUUGACUGUCGCGUCAGCCAGUUCUCGGACCGUAGAAAGCACGGUUCUCGCGAGCACAUUGCUGCACUUCAGGAGCAGAUCCGAUCGCUGGACGUUCUGAUCCGCCAAAUCGUUCCCGAUGGCAAUACAUCGCUUGGCAGUAGUCAGGGAGAGAGUGCGCCACUGUUGAAAUCGCCGACAGCUGCGGCUGCAACCACCAGACCCAGCCUUGACGAUAUACGGGGGCCACAAGACGCGACUCUGAUCGCCGCUCAGCGAGCCUCAUCGGCAGUCGUGCAGCCAAGCACAAACAGUCAUGAGUCCCCUCGAGCCAAUCAAGGUCAACAGUCUUCUGCUGAGCAACCGGGCCCCGCCGACAAUGAAAGGCAACGGCGAAGCCACACGCCUCGAGUUCACUCUGGAGUCAAUGGCGAGGGCGAGGUUUCCGAGGAAUCUGGCAUAUACUUUGGCCCGUCAUGCCAACUCCAUGUGUCGUCGCCUUCUGAUGUGGUGAAAAGUGUGUCGGGUAUCCAUGCUCCAGGGACCCAGAUUGACAUGGACUCGGAUCGCCUAAAAACCCUCCUGUUCAACAACUACUGCAACUUCCAGACCCUUUCAGUCACCAUCAUUCACCCCGAGCUCUUUUUGUCCCACCGAGCGCGAGGCUUGCGAUCCCAGCAUUACUCCCGGUUUCUGGAAAACUCCAUGAUGGCGUGCAGCGCGCGCUUGAGUACUUCGGUUGCGGUCCGCGCGUUGGGAUCCAGCUAUGCGAUGCGUGCAAAGUCGGAAAUCGUGUCAGAGUUGGAAGAUCCAAAUGUGGCGACGCUGCAGGGUAUGCUGCUCCUCAGUGACUACGAGAUGACUGAAGGACGCGACCGAGUUGGCUGGAUGUACUGUGGUAUCGCUUGUCGGCUCGUGGUUGACCUGGGUCUACACCAUGCUUGGAGUAAGAGCGGUGACCAAGAUGCCUCGAACGUCCAUGGAGCGAGGUUCCGCGGCUCCGUGACGUUGGGCUGCUUCGUCUACGAGACCCUUUGGAGCAUGUACCUGGGACGUCCAAGUCACAUAGCCAUGCUGGGCCCGUCUCUGUCCUCGUAUGCCGACCAUGUAUCUGACAAUCUGACUCUGAGGGCGUGGUUUGACUUGUGUGUAUUGAUCGCCGAGAUUACGACCAUCCUCGACAAGGACUCGCUUAUACAGGCAGGCACUCUGAAUCGACUGUCAGAACUCGACGGCAGGUUGCGCAGGUGGUAUUCGUCAGUGCCCGCAGACAUUGCCCUUGAUUAUGACAACGUCUCUGCUCUUGACGCCGUGGCGUAUGGUCUGCAUAUGCAGUACCUACGGGUGCAGAUGCUGUUACAUUCUCUUCCCAUCUCAAGCCACCGGAAGCGCAAACAAAGCGACGGCAAGGACCAACCCCCAGUCCUUCGCAAUUGGACCGCCGAAUCUUCCAGGCAGCUUGUGCAUCACAACGCGCUGAAGAUUGCCCAGUUGGGUAUCACCUACGGACAGAUUUUCGGGGUGGAAAAGACGCCUUCUGUGAUGCUGGACAAUCUGUACGUGGCGGCGACCGUCUUAAUCUCCAACAUCUUGGGGGCCGAGCACUCUUCCAUAGACGAGAACGACCUUCGGUGGCUUCGAUUGCUGGAUGAGAUGCUGAAAGACCUUCAGCCGCAUUUUCAUAUCACCGCCAGGAUGAGGAGGACCCUGGCUCGCAUCGUGGAAGGCUGUCCCCUGCUUGCCGGUGCCUUUAUGGACGACGUGCAGACGUCACCGGUACAAUAUGGUUCCAAGCAUGGGGGCUUGGACAAUGCACAUGGCGGUGGUUGGGGUUCUCUGGAGGCUGCCGUCAAUGACUUUGUCCUCGACCCCAGUCUGUUCAACCUCGUGGACUUUGAGCUGGUCGGUGACGGCGGCGACGGCGUGAAUCGCGGCUAG